AUGGGUAGAGUUGAUGGAAAGGUAGUUUUGAUAAGCGGGGGCGCUCGAGGUAUGGGCGCAGAAGAGGUGGGCCUGUUUGGCCGGGAAGGUGCAAACGUGGUAUUCGGCGACAUCCUGGACGACCUGGGCCGGCAGGUGGAAGAGGAACAACGGGCCGCCGGCCACGACUGCACCUACACUCACCUGGACGUUACCAGUGAGUCUGACUGGCAGGCAAUUGUGGCGCUGGCGGAAGCGCGAUACGGACGGCUGGAUGCGCUGGUGAACAACGCUGGCAUCAGCAUCUCGGUCGUCGGAGACACCAGCGAAGCCGACUGGGAUCGCGUGAUGGACGUCAACUCCAAGGGCGUUUUCCUUGGUACCAAAACGGCGAUACCCGCGAUGCGCCGGGCCGGCGGUGGGUCCAUCGUGAAUAUCUCGUCAAUCGCCGGCAUGACGGGAGCAUGGUCUCGCUCGCACCCCUACAAUGCUUCCAAGGGAGCCGUACGUCUGUUCACCAAGGCGACCGCCAUUCAGUAUGCUGCCGAGGGUAUCCGGGCCAACUCGGUGCAUCCGGGCCCCAUAAUUACCCCCAUGAGUUCGGCAACCUACGAUGAUCCUGAAGUGGCGGCCCAGCGGCUGGCGCUUAUACCACUGGGUCGCCGGGCCCAUCCCAUUGAGGUGGCCUACGGGGUAUUGUAUCUUGCCUCCGACGAGGCAUCGUUCGUAACCGGAGCCGAAUUGGUUAUCGACGGGGGCUGCAUUGCCCAGUAG